AUGAAGACUGCCGCAGUUAUCGUUGCUCUUCUCGGAAUGGCAGUCGCCGUACCCCUCUCUGGUACCCCAGUGGCCACUCUGACAACCGCCCGACUGAUCUUCCCACUGGCCGCCCCACCGGAGUUCGUCCUACUGGAGCUCGCCCUACCGGAACUGGUGCGCCAGGACAACACGGUCAUGAAGGCGAACAUCCUCCAUUCCCCGCCUUUACCGAUGGACACCAUUCCUUCACCGGAGUUCGCCCCUCGUUCACGGAAUCUCCCGUUCCCUUCGUUGGAAGCUAGGCAGCUCUCAUCCCUCCCACCUCUUCCUACCGGCUCAUUUAGCGACCGCCCCGAACAUACCGGACGUCCCGAGCACACUGGCCGCCCCGAGCAUACCGGUCGCCCUGAACACACUGGUCGUCCCGAACACACUGGCCCCGCACUCGUUCAGCGGCAGGCCCCCUCGCCCAACUGGUUCAAUUAUUCGUGGCGAUGA